AUGGAUGAUUCCACAUACCCAUGGCCAUCGAAAGCGACCUUUAUCACAGACCUCCUCUUUGGUUCAAUGCACCUACGAUUUUCAGAGGCACAGAAAAAAGCUGUGCUUAGUUGGGCACAUGAAAUGGGCACUCAAAAUGUGCCUACCUUGUAUGCACUUCGCAAAGCUCAAGAUCAUGUCCAUAGUUGCAUCGGAAAUCCAACUUGCAAGGUUACAGCAUCUUCCAGUAACAUCUUUUAUAUAAACUCAAUCGACUCUGCAAUCACUAAGGACUAUUCCAAUCCUCUCACUUGCUUCUGCAUGCAUGACUAUCCUGAAGAUGGGAGAGGGAAUAUGUCUCAAGUGCACCAUGGAUCGAAGAUGCUGCAUGAGCUUCCUGAAGAACUACUUGUCCCAUCUGUUUGCAUCAACAACAACAUCUACUUCCAGAAUGAGCUGCUUCAGUCGACAACCAGAUUUUUUAUUGCUACACAUUUCUUUCAAGGCAAUAUUUCUAGUCACAAUGCUGAGCGAUUAUCAUUGCAGGUCCUUGCAUUGGGACAUCCAUCUAAAUUCCAACAUCUUAUCCCUUCCCGGGCAGGCUUUGCAGUAGAUCCUGAGCGCAUCAUAUUGGAAGUUUCAUCAUUUAAGCGGACCUACAUAGACUUGCAGACCAAUGUGCAUUUGUGCAGGUUUACAUGUAGGUAA